GGCGGCGCCGGGAUCCCCGCUCGGGCCGCGCUCGGGGGCGCGCAGGGCCCCGGCGCGCGCGGCCGCAGGUGCGAAUCAUGGCCCGCCAGGCCCGGCCGCCGGCCGCCGGCAGGAGGGACGCGCGGGAGCCCGAGCUCGAGCCGCUGUGCUGCUGCGAGUACAUCGAUGGGCACGGGGAGAAGAACCACGUGGCCGCCUGCCUGUGCGACUGCCAGGACCUGGAUGAGGGCUGCGACAGAUGGAUUUCUUGUAAGUCGGUGCAGCCGGAGACUUGCGAAAGGAUCAUGGACACAAUCUCCGAUCGCAUCCGAAUCCCCUGGCUCCGGGGGGCCAGAAAGGUCAACAUCAGCAUCGUGCCCCCGCUCGUCCUCCUGCCCGUCUUCCUGCGCGUGGCCUCCUGGCACUUCCUCCUGGGGGUGGUGGUUCUCACCUCGCUCCCUGUGCUGGCCCUGUGGUACUACUACCUCACCCACAGACGGAAAGAACAGACUCUGUUUUUCCUGAGCCUUGGAUUGUUUUCUCUGGGCUACAUGUACUAUGUGUUCCUGCAGGAAGUGGUCCCCAAAGGGCGCGUGGGGCCCCUUCAGCUGGCUCUUCUCACCUGUGGGCUCGUGUUGAUACUCUUCGCCUUGUACCGAGCCAAGAAGAAUCCAGGCUACCUCAGAAAUCCAGCGAGCAACGACAGAUCCCCAGGCAGCAGCCAAAUCGAAUGCCUGAACAGGAAAGGGCAGGAGAAGCCCAAAGGGUUCCCUGGUCCAGACCUGUCGGGAAGCCUCAGCAACCGCACGCCCAAGGAAGACCCCAAGGGCCCUGCCAGCAGGCUGGCCGGAAGCCCUGCCCAGGGGAAGGAGGACUGGUGUGCCAAGUGCCAGCUGGUGCGCCCGCCCCGGGCGUGGCAUUGCCGGAUCUGCGGCAUCUGUGUGAGGAGAAUGGAUCACCACUGUGUCUGGAUCAAUAGCUGUGUCGGAGAAUCGAAUCAUCAGGCGUUUAUCCUUGCCCUCUGCAUCUUCCUGCUCACCUCGGUAUACGGGAUCACGCUGACCUUGGACACCAUCUGCCAAGACAGGAGUAUCUUCACUGCUCUCUUCUACUGCCCCGGAGUGUACGCGAACUACAGCUCUGCUCUGUCGUUCACCUGCGUGUGGUACUCGGUGAUCAUCACCGCGGGCAUGGCCUACAUCUUCCUCAUCCAGCUCAUAAACAUCAGCUACAACGUCACCGAGAGGGAAGUCCAGCAGGCCCUGCGACAGAAGACUGGGCGCCGGCUUCUCUGCGGGCUCAUCGUGGACACAGGCCAGUACAAUCGCGGCUUCCUGCGGAACUGGCACCAGUUCUCCACCCUGGGCACUCCCCCGGUGCACCACCCUGCCGAGAACAUUGUUUGAAGUGCCUUCUGCGUUGGCUUCCCAGGGGGGACGGCUCCACCCUCUGCUUCCUU